AUGGCCAACAUAGACGGCGGAAAAGGGCCGACUGUGCUCCGUAGUGUACACAUACUGGAGAACGUGGAGCAGCCGCGGCAGCCGGGUUCGGAUGUAACGGGGUUUGGCCUCUUCCUCAGCCAGGGAACGCGAGUCAAGAAUGUCCGGCAAAUUAUGGCAGCCCAGUCAGCAUUUCGAUCUGCUUCCAUGGACUGGCUCUCUCUAACAUGA